GGUUAUAAAUAGUGUUUAUUUCUGACUAGUAUACAGUUAUCUGUAGUUUAUUUAUUUUUUCGAUAACGGUGCAUUAUCUUUUAAAGUGAGUGGUAUUAUUAUAAUCGGGGACCAAAUCUCUACCAAAUAAAGCACCUGACUCCCCCAAAUUCCUGCUAAACGAUUCUAUAAAGUAUUCUGUGGUGUUUCGUAAUGGAUAAUAAUCAAGAAUAUUUCAUGAGUUACGAAGACUUAGAGAUCCACAGGCUUAUGCUUGAAGAUGCGUCACGAACAGAAAUGUAUAGAAAAGUAAUAUACGAUAAUAGAAAAUAUUUCAAUAACAAAGUCAUUAUGGAUGUUGGAUGCGGUACUGGAAUUUUAUCUUUAUUUUGCGCUCAAGCUGGAGCAAAAAAAGUUUAUGCUGUUGAAGCAAGUAAUAUUGCUAAUAUAGCUAAAGAAAUUGUUAAAGAAAAUAAUUUUGUGGACAUAAUUGAGGUAUGUCUUAGAUAGCAUUAAAAAUAGUUAUUUUUAUAAAUAAAAAUAGUGUGAGACUGGAAGUUUAACUUGCUUUUAUAUAUUCAGUAUAGCACAACUACCUAAGAUUCGACUUUAACGUAAUAGAAAAAAUAUCAAAUAUGCCAACCAACAGUAUCAUUCCUUAUCUUAAUGUGACACACAGGCAAUUGCUCCACAAAAUGACCAUCUUUGCUUUGAUUGUACUUUACAACGGACAGAAUCACAACAGCACUUACAAGUACAACACAUUGAAUGGCUGAAUUCAAGUAAAUUCCAUGGGCCGUUUGUGUACUGCUAGAAUAAGUGGAAGUAAAGUUCUACCUUCACUUCUUUGACUUUUCUUUUAUUUUUCGUCAUUAUUUUUAAUAACAUUAUAUUUGAAAUUGCAUUACAUAUCAUAAUAUAACAUAACAUAACAUAAACACUCACGCCUGUCACCCAGAGGGGUAGGCAGAGACUACGGACUUCCAUUUGGCGCGAUCCUGACACACCUCUCUCGCCUCUUUCACAUCCAUAUAUCUACGCAUACACGCUCGUCGGUUAAGGGUACUCCUAAUCUGGCCCAUUUUCAAUGUAUCGCCGAUCUGGUCGAUAAACCUUCGUCUAGGGCGUCCCUUCCCGACCCUGCCUAGAUUACAUAUCAUUUAAAUUAAAUUACGUAAAUUUUGCUUUUGUCAAGAAAAGGCUUAAAGAGAGAUCUUGUUACAUAAUAUUUCAGAUUAACGGAGUUACAAUGCAAACUUUGAUAACAAUUUGAAGAACUGAAUUAUCUAUGUUUUAAUAGGUCUUGUUUUUAUUACUUUUAUUUCAAAUAUUAUAUUGUGAAAAUAUGUUGUUUUUUCGAUAUUGGAAUGGAAUAGAAUAAUUUUAUGUAUUCUAUUUUAAUACUCACACAUUGAUAAUAUUGUCUUCAAAUACUGUCCUUAGUGGGAGUUAGUGUGUCUCUUAGGCUAAAAAGUUUGAAUGUCCUACCCAAAAUUACAUUAGGACAUUCAAACUUACAAGAGGAUAGCAUUUCUAUUAGACAACUUAAUGCUAUUCCAGUGGACACAAAUGUCAUAACUUAUCUUACAAUCUUGAAUCUUAAACGCAAUAACAAAUGAAUAUUCAACAACAGGUUAUACACAGUAAAGUGGAAGAUGUUGUUUUACCUAAUAAUACCAAGGUAGAUGCAAUUGUAUCAGAAUGGAUGGGGUUCUAUCUUCUUCAUGAAGGUAUGUUGGACUCAGUGUUAGCAGCCAGAGACAAGUUUCUUAAAAAAGAUGGUGAAAUGUUUCCAGAGAGUGCUGCCAUUUAUGUUGCACCAUGUAGGUAUGGUUAAUUUUGGUUAUUAUAUAGUCGCUAAUUAUAUUAGCUACUAUAUGCUAAUAUUAUGCAAAAAACUAUAUAUUUAUAUAAAUAUUAUAUGAUUCUAAAACUGUGCUAGGGCACAAGCUUCCUACUUUUAUUAGAAGGUAUUUUAUAGUCAUUAAUAUGUGAAUUUUAUAUGGAAAUGGACAUAGUAGCAGAGCAGCAUAUAUUAGCAUGCUGCUCCAUUGGCACUUCCACCCAUUUCUCAUUAUUUUGUAGUUACUUCAAUUUUCAUUCUAGGCAUAAAAUAUAGCAAAAUGUAUUGAUGGUACUGAAUAUAACCAGUAUUAUAUUCAUUUCUACUGCUGUAAAAAUCAGUGCAGUGUGUUGCCAUGUAGAGGCAAAGUAAGAGAAUGUCCUAUCCCAUAUAAACCCAUGGUUAUUAAAAGCGAAGUAGGGAAACUGAUCAUCUUGAUCACAACUUCAACGGUGGUAGAGCCACGCAGCAGUUUUUGCAACGGUGGUAGAGCCACGCAGCAGUUUUUGCUGUUGCAUGUAUGGGCCGGCUCGAGCCGGGUUGGUACCACGACCUCACAGAAUACCGGCGUGAAGUAGAAGCUUUGCUUCUGCGUUUCGUCUGGUGAGUGCAGGUGGCUGGAGGCCCAAUUCCCCCCCCCCCCCCCCCCAUCAACAUGGUAGCGGAAUUACACGAAGAACUACCCCAGGAGGGUACCAGCACCCCUGGAGAAUCCCUCGCUGAGCAUCCACGACCAUGUUAUUCCGAUCCUGAGCGUGGGUGCUCAGGCUGCCCCGCGUAUUCUGGGGGGGGGCAAAAUUCCGCUCAAAAGCAUUACUGCUAGGGGCAAACUGAGCAAGAACACCAAGGCGACCCCUGCCACGCUAUCCGUGAAUUUCUGCAACAUCAGGGGACUUCACUCUAACCUAAACGCCGUCCACUACCAUCUCGAGACGGCGAAGCCGGCCUUGCUCUUUCUGACCGAGACGCAGGUUUCCUCUCCGGCUGAUAUUUCGUAUCUCUCCUACCCGGGGUACAAAUUGGAGCAUUCCUUUGUGCCUCGGGCUGGAGUUUGCGUGUAUGUCAGAGAGGACAUCUGUUCUCGACGCCUCGGCAGUCUUGAAGGUUUGGACCUGUCCAUCCUAUGGCUACGCGUAGACAGCGACGACCAUCCGCGCGUCUACGGGUGCCUCUAUAGGUCCCAUAGCGGUAAUGCCGAAACAGACCGACUCAUCGACCACGUCCAAAUGGCUACAGAUUUCUUGCUACAACAGGUCCCAUCCGCAGAGAUCGUGAUCCUUGGCGAUUUUAACGCCCACCAUGCCGAAUGGCUCGGUUCACGUCUAACCGAUCAUGCGGGGAGAUCUGUUUAUGACUUUGCCUUGGCACAUGGUCUGACACAACUGGUUACUUCGCCUACGCGGAUUCCAGAUGUGGAGGAUCAUACACCUUCCCUGUUGGACCUUCUGCUGACCUCUCAUCCGGACGGAUAUCUGGUUUCCGUCGAUGCCCCUCUCGGCUCUUCGGACCAUUGUCUGAUCCGGAGUGUGGUGCCACUCACGCUCCCUUCGCGGUUGCGUUCUGCAGGUUGCCGCCGUGUUUGGCAUUACAGGUCGGCGGAUUGGGACGGAAUGCGGUCCUUCUUUGCAUCCUACCCAUGGGGGCGGGUUUGCUUCUCGCCGGAUGAUCCCAGCGCUGUUGCUGACUCUGUCACUGAUGUGGUGCUACAGGGAAUGGAACUAUUUAUUCCAUCAUCUGUGGUACCCAUCGGAGGCAGAUCUCAGCCUUGGUUUGGUCGCUCCUGUAAGACUGCAUUACGCAGUAAGCAGGAGUGUUAUCAAGCCUGGGCUGCGGCUUCGGCGACUCGGGAUGUAAAUACCAGCACACUUAAAAAGAAGUAUAACUUCGCCUCCAGGUCCUUCAAAAGAGUUAGUGCCAAGGCAAAGUCAGAGCACAUAGGCAGAAUUGGCGAGAAACUAGUUCGCCUUCCUUCGGGAACCCGUGCAUUCUGGUCUCUCGCCAAGGCUGUCCAAGGGAAUUUCUGUAAGCCAUCACUACCAUCUCUGCACAGGGAGGAUGACUCACUGGCCCAUGACGCAAAAGACAAAGCCGACCUUUUAGGCUCCCUUUUUGCGUCCAACUCGACUCUUGAUGACGGGGGGAAAACACCGCCGACCAUCCCGCGGUGUGAGUGCUCCAUGCCGGAUGUGCUGUUCUCACAGCGCUCGGUUCGCAAAGCACUGCUCUCCCUGGACAUCCAGAAGUCGAGUGGGCCUGACGGAAUCCCCCCAAUUGUGCUGAGGACGUGUGCUCCGGAGUUGGCACCGGUCCUAACGCGUCUUUUCCGGUACUCCUACUCCCAAGGCGUAGUCCCGAAUUCAUGGAAGACAGCUUUUGUCCACCCGAUCCCUAAAAAAGGCGACCGCUCAGACCCAUCCAACUAUAGGCCUAUCGCGAUCACCUCCUUGUUCUCCAAAAUAAUGGAAUCCAUUAUUAACUGCCAGCUCAUCCGGUACCUUGAGGAUCACCAGCUGAUUAGUGACCGCCAAUACGGUUUUCGUCGGGGUCGAUCAGCUGGUGAUCUUCUGGUCUACCUGACCCAUAGAUGGGCGGAGGCAGUAGAGUCCAAGGGGGAGGCGUUGGCCGUUAGUCUGGACAUUGCGAAGGCCUUCGAUCGGGUUUGGCACAAAGCGCUUCUUUCGAAGCUCCCUUCCUAUGGGCUUCCCGAGAAAUUGUGCAAAUGGAUCACCAGCUUCCUUGUAGAUCGGAGCAUCAAGGUCGUUGUAGACGGUGCAUGCUCUGACUACAAGCCCAUUAACGCUGGUGUUCCACAAGGCUGUGUGCUAUCACCAACGCUGUUUCUUCUGCAUAUCAAUGAUAUGUUGCUAACUGGUAACAUUCAUUGCUAUGCGGAUGACAGCACUGGUGAUGCUCUAUACACCGGCCGUGCCAAUAUUUCUCGGGAAAACGUCGCUGAGUACCGGAACAAACUUGUGUCUGAAGUCGAGUCUUUGCUGAACAAAGUCUCGGAUUGGGGGCGACUAAAUCUAGUACAAUUUAAUCCUCAGAAGACACAAGUUUGCGCGUUUACCGCUAAAAAGAACCCCUUUGUCGUAUCUCCUCAGUUUCAAGGCACUCCCCUUCUUGCCUCAGCCAGUAUCGGUAUCCUCGGAGUCGACAUAUCGAGUGACGUGCAGUUUCGUGGUCACUUGGAAGGGAAGGCCAAAUUGGCCUCUAAAAAGCUUGGCGUGCUCAGCAGAGCGGGACAGUAUUUCAUGCCGGCACACCGCCUGCUACUUUACAAGGCGCAAGUUCGGCCUCACAUGGAAUACUGUUCCCAUCUCUGGGCAGGGGCUCCCCAGUGCCAGCUCCUUCCACUUGACCGCAUCCAACGCAGAGCGGCUCGAAUUGUCGACGACCGAGCCCUUUCCGAUCGGCUCGAUUCAUUGGCACUGCGAAGAGAUGUUGCAUCCCUUUGCAUUUUCUUUCGCAUCUACCAUGGGGAGUGCUCUGAGGAAUUGUUCGGAUUAAUCCCAGCCGCCAAAUUUCACGAACGCACAUCGCGGCUGUACUCCCGAUACCAUCCACACCAUCUGGAUGAUUGGCGGUCCACCACUGCGAUUUAGAAGAUGUUUUCUUCCUCGCACGACCUCCUUGUGGAAUCGAUUACCAUCAGCGAUUUUUCCGGACCGAUACGACUUAGGGACCUUCAAGAAAAGAGCGUACUCCUUUUUAAAAGGGUGUUGCAGUUGUUCAUGGGCGGCGGUAGUCACUUACCAUCAGGUGAGCCGCAUGCUCGUUUGCCCCCUCUCCUAUAAAAAAAAAAAAACUCUAACAAUAAAAAAAUCUGCAGUUGCCAACCGACCUGCCAAGCAUGACAACUACAGUCAAUAUUCUCCCUAUGAAGCAAUCUGUGGAGAGGCCUAUGUUUAGUAUACUUCUCACAGGUUAUAAUUAAUGUACUUAUAUAUGAAGUGUAAAAAGUCAAGAAUAUUUUUUGUUGACAACUUAAAAUGAAAAAUAAUUCCAAAGCAUUUAACUAGUUACUUACUUUUAGUGUUCCAUCCUUAUACCAAAAGUGGAAUAACUUUAAUGGAAUAUCAAUGUCUACAUUUGCUAAGUACUUAAGAAUGGGAAAGAACAAUAAGCCUGAGAUAAUGCAAGUACAGUCGGAAGAUUUAUUAGGACCUGAUGUUUCCAUAUGCUGGAUAAAUCUAAAGGAAGAUAAAAUAUCAGAUUUGGAUUCAUUCAGUAUUAAACAAGUAACAGGUGUAAGUAAAAAUGGAAAAUAUCAAGGAUUAUGUCUAUGGUUUGAUUGCCAUUUUCCUGUGAUUUGUAAAGAUGAUACACAGGUUAUAUUGAGUACAAGUCCUCGGAGUCCAGUUACUCAUUGGAAACAAACUGUUAUAUUAUUACCUGAAGAACAGGAAGUAGAAGAAGGAGAACCAUUAGCAUUUCAGCUGGAUAUGACCAGAGAUAAAAUGAAUAGUAGGAGGUACAAUCUCCAAGUUUCAUUAUUAGAUCCAGAAACAGUGGAACACCCAAUCCCAUGUUCAUGUCAUAUGACAAAGUGUAUUUUAAUCAAAACACUUGUAGUUCAACAAGCUGAACAAACUAUGAAUGAAAUAAAAAAUAAAGAUCAGAGUGAUAUAUUACAAGAGGAAGAUAUAGAUGAUGAUGAAGAAAUGAAAUCUUAGUAGAUUAAUAUGUAUAAAUGUAUUAGUAUUACUAUUCAUAUUUAUAACAUGCAGCCUGAAUUGUU